GCCCCUUACAGCAUCUGGCACUUGGAUUGGCGGUAGUCUCAGCCACGACUUCGUGUACCGACCUUAGUCUUCAUGUAUGCGAAGUCGCGAAAACGAAAAUACAGGUCGCACAACAUCCGUCAUCAAGGCGAGAUUAGCGAAGAUGCGGAGGGCACUACCUUUCCUACGAAAGAUCCAGCUUUAUACAUCCAGGCACACGAAGCUGAUGUGGUGCGAGGACCGCAAGCUGCAGCUGCUGCGACAUCUCUUGAAGUCGACUACUAUGAAGAGGACGGGAAGCAGCGGAUGCGCGUUGGCGGUGGCCUAAUCAAGUGGAAGAGUGGCGAAACUGAACCUGCCCCAUUUGACGAGGACCAUGCGCAGCUUCGCAAUUAUGCGUUGAAGAGUGAUAGCAAGAACGUUGAAGAAGAGAAUGGUCUAUGGGUGGACAGAUAUGAUGCGCGUCUCCUGUUGGAUCAUCUUCGCUUAGUGCCUUCACAGGCAUCAGUAAAUGAACCUGACUCUCCGGGGAGCUGGUCUGACCUCCCAUCCGACACUGAGGAUACCUUCUUCUUUGACGCCCAAGAAGUGGAAGAUUAUCGCCGCGACAAGCGGAGACGGUUGAUAGAAAGGAAUAGAGAAGAACGAUUGAACGCUUUACGAUCAGAAGGAGGUGAGGACCAUGAGGCAGGUGCGGAUGAGGAGAGAUGGGGCGGCAGCGAUGAAGAGCCGGACGACACACAGAGACAGCUCAUGAGGCGUACAGCCGCGCACAUUCUGAGCUCGCCGAAUCCUGCACAGCUAGAGAUGCGUAUAUUGGCAAAUCAUGGAGCAGAUCGCCGCUUUGCAUUUCUGAGGGGCCGAUGGUCCCGCGCGUGGGAGGUCAUCAAAGGACGCGCACGCCUUGAUAGUGAACAGGAGAAGCAGAGAGCAGAGCAAGCGCAGUCGUCCGUAGCUCUUCCCGGACUAGGCGGCUAUGGGGACAGCGACGAUGAGGCCGAUGCCGAGUCCCAUAGUGGGACCACUUCGGUGGAUGAACCGAGGGAACAGAUCGCGAGGAGAAACGAAGGAGAUCAUCAAGCGGCCCGUAUUGCUGGGCAGCCGGAGAGUGCUCAUGAAGAGACUCAGUCAGCAGACCUCACGGAGCUGCAAAGAGCUAGGCGCGCUCGAGCGAAACAAUGGGCGGAAGAGCGGCAAAGAGCUGCGAACGGUUGAUUUCGGUAUGAUACAUGUUCUGGAGUCCUUGCUGUACUCGACGCUCGCUUGAACGCUAUUCAUUCGUGCAGAAGCAGACGUUUCACCUUCUUAAUCAGCGGAUAAAAACGGUGUUAUGAUGCAGAGCCGCUAUAUGUAGAAUAUUGAGCCUUUCCAGUUGGAGUGCACGUCUCUGCCCCAAACGCUCACGGCCUGUUCAUAAGCUCUUGCAUUCUCAACAUGCCCAUCUUCGUCUUCGAAUAUGCACGCUGCUGCUCGAGAACGGUUCCUUAUAGUCCGUUGACUUCAAAUAACACCUAUCUCUCCUGCAUGCCAGGUAGUACGCAUAGUACGCAGCGGGGCCCAUACUGGCAGCUUGAUUUGCGCGCGCGUAUAGGCAACUAGCAGUGUGUCAGAACAAUGCCUUGCUGGAUCGUGUCCGCUUCAUCAUGAUAGCGGAAGUCAUCCUGGAGCACAACUUUAUAAUGCAUCGG